CGCUGCAUUGGGGAACCCGGAAGCGUGCUCACAUUGUUUACAUCCUGUCUUUGUUCGGAGGAAAUUCCGCCAAAAUGUCCAAAAAACGGUCGAAGAGCAGCGCGAGCCGCAGCCUGCGGGCGGUCAUCGACCGGCAGCUCGCGGCGGCGGCGGAGGAGAUCUUCUGUCUGCUGGAGGAGCGUCAUCAGGCGGUGGAGCAGCUCCGGGAGCGGGUGGAGCAGCGGAUCAAUGCCGCCGUACAACACAUCUUCACCGCCUUCGAGGCGUCCAGAGCGGCCGAGAGAGGACCGGAGGAGCCCGAGUUGUGUCUGUCAGUCGGCGUCCGGAGUCUCAAAGCUGGAAAGCCUCUGAACGUCUCUGUAGACGACCGACUGAAGGAACCUCAGCCCGGUACUUCCUCUGGACCGGAGGACGUUUCUGAACCGGACCACUGCACGGCGGCGUCUCCAGACUGUCCGGCUGGUCAUGAGGAAGAGGAAGAGGACGACAAUGACGAGGAGGCAUCUCACUGCUGCAGGGUCUGUGGGAAGUCCUUUGACAGGAAAGGCUUUCUGAUGAAGCACGUGGAGAAACACCUGAAGGAGGCGGAGUGUCUUUGUGGUCUGUGCGGCGAGCGUUUGGAGUCCAGUGACGGUCUGAGGCUGCACCUACAAACGCACCGCGACAGCAGCCGGACCUGCGACAUCUGCGGCAAAAAGUUCCCCUCGAUCCGCGCUCAGGAGACGCACCUGCGGCUGCACACCGGAGAGAAACCCUUCAGCUGCCACGUCUGCGGCAAAGUCUUCAACCAGAAGGGCAACAUGGUGACGCACAUGAGGAUCCACACGUCGGAGAAGCCGUUCAGGUGCAGCGUCUGCCACAAAGAGUUCAGCCACACCGGCUCUCUGGAGCGGCACAUGAAGACCCACGACGGACAGACGCCGUUCAGCUGCAAAGUAUGCGGGAAAGGCUUCAGCAAGAGUGCUGAGCUGAGGCGACACAUCCGGAGCCACGAGUCCGACGAUGCGCCCGCCGCCAGUAGCCGACGCAGGAAGCCGAGUCUGACUCCAUCUCACUGCUGCAAGGUCUGCGGGAACGCCUUUCACAAUAAAGGUAACUUUGUGCGGCACGCGGAGACUCAUUUAAAUGAUCCUGAAUGUCGCUGCGGCGUCUGUGGAGAGCAGUCCGAGUCCUCUGAGAGUCUGCAGCUUCACAUCCAGAUCCACAGAGAAACCAGCAGGAUCUGUGACAUCUGCGGCAUCAGCUUCAGGGACAUGGAGAUCCACAUGAGGACGCACACUGGCCAGAAACCCUUCAGCUGCAAAGACUGCGGCAAGGACUUCCCCAGGAAGGGCUCUCUGGAGAGACACAUGAAGCUGCACGCCGGCGAGAGGCCAUACAUCUGUGAGUUCUGUGGGAAGACGUUCAUAGAAAACACCGUCCUGAAGAGACACAUCAAGAGCCACACGGGAGGGAAGCCUAGGAUCUACUCCUGCGAAGUCUGCGGCAAGAAGUUCACCAUGAGCCAGCACCUGGACGUGCACAAGAGGAUCCACACUGGGGAGAAACCGUACACCUGCAGAGUCUGUGGGAAAAACUUCCGGCAGAUCGGCAACCUGGACUCCCACAUGAGGAUCCACACGGGCGAGAAGCCGUUCAUCUGCAGCCUCUGCGGGAAGAGGUUUCGCCAGAAGAUCUCGCUGGAGACGCACGAGCGGUUCCACAAGAAGGAGAAACCGUUCAGCUGCCAGCUCUGCAGCAAGGGCUUCGUCCAGAAGAUUGACCUGAAGAGACACAUGCUGACGCACACCGGGGAGAAACCAUACAGCUGCCGGAUCUGUGGGAAGAGCUAUCAGGAGAAACGCUCAGUGGACUCACACAUGAAGGUUCACACCGGAGAACGAGCCGCAAAAGAGUCGACUGUUACGCCGAACCUGAAACGACAGGAAGGAGUUCAAAAUGACUUCAUCCAGCUGAGUCUCAGACCCGCAGCUGGUUCUGCUCCGGUCCUGCAGGGGUCACUGUUCGCCGCUCCGCUUCGCUCUCUUCUCAGCGAACUGUCGUCGACGCGGAACUCGGUGUGUGUUUACGUCCCCGCUGGCUCUCUUUGUCCGCAGAAAAGCGGUAAAAUGUGCGCCACGGUGCAGCUGCUGCGGGUGUCGGUACAUGAGCGGAUCAGCGCCGCCGCUGAAGACUUUCUGCUGCAGGCGGGAAAAGGAGAAUUAACGGCAGAAGUCCCGGUGUCGCUGAGAGCGCUGCUCACCGAGCGGCUAACGGCGGCUGCGGAGGAGAUUGUCGGUCUGUUUGAGGAAACCGUGGCGGAGUACGAAGACAGAGUGGAGCGGUCAGAGCGGGAGAUCUGCCGCCAGAGGAGGCUGCUCGAUGCCGUGCUGAAGCCCCAAGUGAAGCUGCACAGAGCGGGGUUCCCUGCAGACGUCCAGCAGCUGUCAGUGAUUAAAGAAGAGGUUCCCCCUGAGCAGCAGCAGGAGUGGAGACCCAGUCUGGACCAGGAGGAGCCCCCACACAUUAAAGAGGAACAGGAGGAAGUCAGGACCAGUCAGGAGGGAGAGCAGCUUCAAGGGUUCACAUUCACUCCUGUCCCUGUGAAGAGUGAAGAUGAUGAUGAUGAAGAGAAACCUCAGUCCUCACAGCUUCAUCAAAGACAAACUGAACAGAUGGAAACAGAUGAUGGAGAGGACUGUGGAGGACCAGAACCAGCCAGAAACUCAGAUCCAGAUGAACAUUUACAACCCGUUAGUGAAGACAAUUCUCCAGACUCCACUGACACUGACGACAGUGAUUGUGAUUGGAUGCAAGCAAACAAAACCCCGUCGGGUAUGGAGGGUCAGACAAACAGCGAAGCCCCUGAUAUCGGAGCGAAGGAGCGUCCGUUCCCCUGCUCGUACUGUGGGAAGAGAUUUAGUCUGAAAGGGAACCUGAACAGACACAUCAGAGACCACACAGGCGAGAGACCGUUUCCCUGCACCGGUUGUGAUAAAUCCUUUAAAGACAGCGGGUCUCUAACGGCACACAUGAGGUGUCACACCGGAGAGCAACCAUACAGCUGCUUAUUCUGUGGGAAGAACUUCAGUGGGAGGGGCAACAUGACCAGACACAUGAGGAUCCACACAGGAGAGAAACCGUUCACCUGCUCUGUGUGUAGCAAAAGCUUCCACGUGAAGGAACACCUCAACAGACACAUGAAGUAUCACACAGGGGAGAAACCGUUCAGCUGCACCGUCUGCGGGAAAGGUUGUGCUCAGAAAACAGACCUGAAGAAACACAUGAGAGUCCACACAGGGGAGAAACCGUUCAGUUGUCCGUUCUGUGGUAAGUGUUGUGCCGAAAAAGGAGACUUGACCAAACACAUGCGAGUUCACACGGGAGAGAAACCCUUCAGUUGCAAUAUCUGCGGGAAAAGUUGCGCCCAAAAGGGGAGCUUAAAGAUUCACAUGAGAGUUCACACAGGAGAGAAACCGUUCAGCUGCUCAGUGUGUGGGAAAUGUUUCACCGUUACAGGACAUCUGAAGAGACACAUGAAGCUGCACACGGCGGACGGUCCGGAGGCUACGGAUACAAAUUCAGCCAAAGUACAACAGGAAGUUGAUGCUAUUGAACCUUUAAACGCAUCCUGAUGGUUCCGUCAGUCAGGAGGAACCUUGGAGUCACCGAGGUGGUUUAGGAUACUGUCGGAUCUUCACCGAGCUCCUCAGACUCAUGUGGUCCAGGGAGGUUCUUUAUUUGACUGUUAGAAUGAUUUAAUCAAUGUUCAUUGAUAAUGUAGAGUAUGAGAGUGAAGCCCAGAGUGCCGAUGUUUUCAGAUGUUAGUGGGUCUUAGCGGCUGAUCACACAGAGACCCAGCGCGUGUGGAGCGAGGCAGCGCCUGCAACCGGUGAUCAAAUGUAAUGAAGCAGGCGUUGAGCUCUACAUUGAUAUCAAACGAAGGAUAAUAGUUACACUGUAAAACCAGUUAACUCAACACAUUGUAGAAACUGAUUACAUUGACAUUAUUAAGCAAAACUAAAUGUAAGUUAGAAAAACAUUUUUGAUCAAGUAGUUGUAGAAAUUGUAAGUCACACUGAUUUAAUUGUGUAAUUUUUGCUUGUACUGUGAAAACAAAAUACUAAAUUAGGAAUGUUUUUAUAAUUUCCAAAACUAAAAGUUUGACAGUGACGAGUGGUACGACUUUGUACCUUGAGCUGAAAAUAUUUAAACAUUAAUGUACGUCUAAAACUGCUAGAAAAGAGUCUUACCACAGGAUGUUUCUGUGUGAUCGGCCCCCGAAAGUGAGAGGAACUUUUAUUAGCUGCUGUUGCCAAGUUGUUUCACUUUGGUACUUCUGAGCUCCUGGUUGGCUGGUGAGGUGAACAGCACACUCUUCAUCUGAAGUAACGUUCUGUUAUCCAACCAGGACUCACACACAACGUGACACUAAAACUCAGUCGCACAAUAGACAAGGAAUAAGUAGUAUUUGAGUAUUUGAGGCAGUCGAGACAGAUUUCCUGCUCACACACAGCUUGUUAAUGAAGGAAAAUGUUGAGCCUUUGACACACUACAUGACUUUCAAAGUUGUUUGAUCUUUGUACUGUUCACACUACACAGCUUCCUGUCUGAAAUCCGGAGUCUUGAAGUCAACGUGUUGUUUCACACUACGUGACUGAUCGCCAGCAGGAGGUCAAACACUACGUAUCUUUCAGGAGUAAUCCCAGAGUCUGUUUCAUCAGGAGUCUUUAAUAAUGAGCACAUCAUUCAUUAGGACAGUAGUUUUAAAACAGGCACACAAACCAACCAUUUCCAGCAUGUCAGCCUGAUCAGUAAUCAAUACUCCCAUUAUUAAAGCAUUAAUCAACCUGAUCAGCCUUCAGCAGUUAGCUAGUGUUUCUGUAGUGGAGACUAAACGUUAACAAUGAUCCAUAUCAGCAGUUUGAAUCCAACUAAAAGCUCCCUGCACCAAACUCCCUUUAAGAAAUAUCACAUUUUAACAAUUCCUAACGUGUUCGUAACAACACGUAACUCUAAAAACACGAGCUAAAGGCCGUCAUAUGUCCACAGUCUGACUGUCAAUACAGGAUCAAUAUCAUCCAUAAAGAUACAGUGUACACUGAUCAAUAUUGAUCAUGUCUGAGUACAAUCAGAGCUGGUUGUGGAUCAGAUAUUGAUCCAACUGAACUGUUCAUUCAUCGUCUGUAUGUGUGAGACACUAUCUGUUACCAUAGUAACCACUAGUUCUCUGCUCCCUGAUCAAUAAUUCUGUAUUUAUUGUAUUUUAAUAGAAUCAUGUGAUGUUUUACAGUCAAAGAUGAGAAGAGUCGGACAAACUGCGACAGGAAGAAGCUUCAGAUGAACUUUUAUCUGGAACCUUUUUAUUGACUGAUUUCUGUUUUCUGUGAUUCUGAUCGGUGAACUGACGUUAUUAUAUUAUUAUUAUUAUUAUUAUUAUUAUAUUGGAAAGGAAAGAAGUCGGCACUAAUCACAGCAUGUAACUAUAUACAGUAAAAAUAUAAUUAUCCUGGUAAAAGUUUUAUUUAAGAGAUAAACAUGAACAUUAAAGUAUUUAUCUGAAGUCUAAAGCUGGAAGAGUUCAUUCUGUCUGUUGUAGCUUGUUUUAGAGAACUGAUUGAAUCAACUUUAGAUUUAGUUUUUAAAUCCUGAGUUUUAUUUUAACAAACAUAUCCACUUAUAGUGGCCCCUGAAACAGGAAGUUGCCAGGUUGUGUUCCACUCUGUGGUCCAUGCGUGUAAUCCGACGCAAGCUUUAUAAUAGACUAAUAUGUACAUCACAUCUGUAUCAUAGCUGUACUGGAUGUAGUUCACAUACUGUGUCAUAGAUCAGAUUCUUUUACUGUAUUUACUGAAUAAUCUGACGUAUGACAAUAAAGAAGUAGUGCUGCUCCAAAAGGGUAAAAACAUUAUAUUGUAAUUAUUUUGGUAGGAUCAGUUUUUAAUCUCAAUCUCGAUUAUUAUUUUAUAUUAUAACAUUUUGAGUGUUUGUACAAAACAAAGACAUUUCUUCCUCCUGGCGUAGAGCAGGACCCCUCUUCAGAACUACAGUACUUAUUGUCUCAUUCAGUUUAUAAACAGACAUUCCCCGUCAUCCACAACACGCUUGUUUUAUAAAAAGUCUUAUUAAUGUUCUGAUUGAACACGUUGUUGUUCCAGAGCUGUUAGCAGCUAAUGGGUGAGAGCUGCACAUGCUCAGUACAGGUCGGGGCCUGGAUGGACGCUCUGCCCCCGAGGAGACGACGAGUCGGUCAGACGUUAAAAUGUUUGGAAGGAAUUUCAUUUGUUGAGGUUUCAUUUGACGGAAGGAUUAUUCCUCCUCAAGGGCCCCAAGAAUCUCCCGCUCGCUUUGUUUACAUCAUAAACAUUAAUGAAGUACAGCAACAGAUCCACUGUAGUGAUUAAAUAAUAAUAAAAUUAUAGUAAUAAUACUGUAAUACAGUAAUAAUAAUCAGUAAUAAUAGUGUAAUAUUACAGUAUAUUACCGUAAUAAUAAUACUAGAGUCAUAACACUAUGAUAUUCCUGCUGAUUAUUCCUCUUUCAGUGUUUUUACUGACAGUAAAGUUAAAACAGACCCACGAACAGAAACUGCUGUUUUGCUCUGAUUGGACCCUGCACGUGAUCAAUACAUGAUCAAUACUUCCACUGGCAUCCGUUCUGGACUUCAACCAACAUCGUUCUUCAGUUCUGUGAUAAACUAUUUCUGAUUUAUAGUCAGAUUUGUUUUGUUCUGUUUUUAUAUUUUAUUCGUAUAUAUUUUUACACAAAAUUAAUUUUUAGGCAUUUUAGUUUCUGAACUCAAAAACAUUUCAUGUUUCAGCUUGAAGUGGGAGGAUUACUUUAAACAUGUAAUCCACUUAGUAGUGACGGUACCUAAUCCUAGUACCACAAUAUUAAAGUCAAUUGAUUACUUUUUGAGCUCAACAUCAAAUAUGUAAAUAAAAACAAGAGACAAUAAAUAUCCAUACGAAGUAUUGAUGAAUCAAUAUAUUAAUGCUCUAUUAUUAUUUAUAUUCUAAUAAAGAAUGAACUAUUUAAAUAAUAUUGUACACAUUGUAUCUUUAUUUAUAUUUAAAGCUGCUCAUCGUCACUGCUGCCUCAUUACUGAAUGUAACUGUAAUCUGAUUACACCUUUAUUUUGUAACUGUAACGUGAAUAAACUCAGUUACUUGUAACCUGCCAAUGUCUGAUUAUUAAACCGUCUUCCAACAGACUGAAGGA